AUGUCGCCUCUUGAUGCCUACGAAGAGCCCCCGGCGAGCUCCUCAGAUGAAUCUGAUGGGGAGGCUGAAAACAACGUUGCCCAAAUAACACGCUCUCAUCGUCAGCGGCUUCAAGAGGCCCAAUUCCAAUCUCUACUCGUGCAACACGCAAACCGUGAGCGAACGACCGAGAAGCCUAAAAAGACUGGAGGCCCAGACUCUCCGCGUGAGCACCUCAACAUUUACCAGUUGCUCAAAAGACAAGAGAUUGGUCUCGGGGAUUUGAGCCCUCGUACGUACCAAAUCGAGCUAUUCGAGCGAGCAAAGGCCGAGAAUACCAUCGCGGUUCUAGACACAGGAUCGGGAAAAACCUUGAUUGCAGUCCUCUUACUCAAGCACAUCCUGCAACAAGAGCUGAUAGACCGUGCAGAUGGCAAGGCUCCUCGGAUUGCCUUUUUCUUGGCUCACAGCGUGACUCUUGUGUUCCAACAGUCGGCGGUGUUGCAGAACAAUCUCGACCAAAAUGUGGCACACAUAUUCGGUGCGAUGGGACCAGAUCUCUGGGACCAAAAGAUCUGGGAUGACUACUUCACCAAAAGCAUGGUAAUUGUCUGCACAGGCGAGAUCGUCAAUCAAUGCCUGCUCAAUGGAUUCAUCAAAAUGAGUCAAAUCAACAUUUUGAUCUUCGAUGAAGCCCACCAUGCGAAGAAGGAUCAUCCUUAUGCACGCAUCAUCCGCGACUCUUACCUCAAAGCCCCCUUGUCCGAGCGCCCUAGAAUCUUUGGGAUGACGGCUUCUCCGGUUGACGGAAAGACUAAGAUGACCGAAGCAGCAGCUCAGCUCGAGAUUCUUCUUGGUAGUCGGAUUGCCACUACUGCAAACAUGGAGGCGCUCCGUCAAAUCGUGAAUCGACCAUUCGAGGAAACUUGGACCUAUUCGAAUCUCGAACUACCUUUUGCAACAAAAUUGUACACCCAGCUGCAAGAGAGCUUCGGAAAGGUCAAAUCACUUGAACCUGUCUUUAGAUUCGCUUGGACUGCCAGCUCAGAACUAGGCGAAUGGUGUGCGGAUCAAGUGUGGAUUCAAGCGCUCAGGGAGGACGUGAUACCCCAUCUCGAAAGUGCCACAGGGAAAAAUCCGGAGUCCGACCCUUGCGGAACUGAGGCGACUCAAAGGGACCUCUUGAGUGCCAGAGAUGCUUGCGAGAUGGUGAAAACCCACGAAUUUCAAAACCCGUGGGCCCAAGGCCAGCUGAGCUGCAAAGUUCGACUCCUUGUCGAGAGAUUGGCAAUGCAUUUCGGCACCUCAAACAGCAAGAAGUGCAUCGUCUUCACUGAGCGACGGAAUACGGCCAAGGCCUUGCUGCGCCUUUGCGAAGUGUUGAAGAUCCAAAAUCUUCGCCCCGGGAUCCUAGUCGGCGUUCGAAAGUCGGAUAUCACAGGAAAUGUUACGUUCCGUCGCCAGUUUGAGGUGAGAGGUCAGUUUCAAGACGGGACGGUCAACUGUCUGUUUGCGACGGCGGUUGCAGAGGAAGGACUCGAUAUUCCCGACUGUAAUUUCGUCGUCAGAUUUGACCUCUACGACACGCUCAUCCAGUACAUUCAGAGUCGCGGACGUGCACGGCACGCCCAAUCGACGUAUGUAACUAUGGUUGAAGAGGACAAUGAGAGCCACAAGAGAAAGUUACAGGAAGUGCGCGAAGCAGAAGUUCUCAUGAGAUCAUUUUGUGAAACGCUCCCCAAGGAUCGGUUGUUGUGUGGGCAUGACUAUGACCUUGACUUGAAGACGGUGCUUGGAAAGCAGAAGGGGCAGAGAUCUUACACCAUCCAAUCUACUGGAGCAAAGCUAACUUACGGGCAUGCAAUUGACGUUCUAGCCCGUUAUGCAGCAUCGCUGCAGUAUCAGGAGGAGGAGGUUAAUCAGAAUCAGGAUCAAACUCAAACUGACACAUGUGCCUACGUGAACUUCACCACGAUCUCCUCUGGAGACAAAUUUGUCUCCGAAAUCAGGCUUCCUGACAAAUCUCCUGUCAGGGGCGUGAUAGGCACCUUGGAAUCAAGUAAAGCCAUGGCCAAAGGUUCCGCAGCAUUUGACACUUGCCUGGUGCUGCGGAAGAGCAACCUGUUAGAUAACCAUUUCAGGCCAAUCUUCCAUCGACGCCUACCUGCCAUGCGAAAUGCAAAACUGGCAAUUGCGUCGACCAAACAGGAGAAGUAUGACCGGCGUUGCAAGCCUUCACUGUGGACUCAUGAGAUUGGAACCAUCCCAAAAUUGCUCUAUGCUAUGUUGAUCCGGUUCAGCCCUUCAAUGCCGCUGACCCGACAGCAUGCUCCGCUGGUACUCCUUACUCGCCAAAAGCUCCCGAGCUUCCCUAGUUUCCCUAUCUUCUUGGUUGAUAACAUAGAAACGACGGUUCAGACGAUUUGUCUCGAGUGGCCUCUCGCUGUCAGCUCUGAGCAGGUGGACUCCUUGACAGACUUUACAGUCUCUGUCUUCCGCGACGUAUUUCACAAGAUCUUUGACAAGACGCCCGAGGUGUAUCCGUACUGGCUAGCCCCAGUGCGCUUGAACACGGAGAUCUCAAAUCCUGCUGAAUUGCCAGAUGGAUUGAUUGACUGGGAAGUCUUGAGCUUCGUUCAGGAGCAUCGCGAGUGGAAAUGGUCUGAAGACAUGGACCCUGAGUCUCUUCUCAAUCGAUUCAUGUACGACCCAUGGAGUGGAAAGUACCGAUACUUCCCACUCAAGAUUGAUCCCAAUUUGCGUCCAUCAGACCCUCCACCUUCGUACGUGACACACCGCCGAGAUGUGAAUAUGCAAAAUAUCAUGAACUAUUCUUCGAGCUUGGGCAAGAAGUCACGGAACGUCUUCUUGGAACGUUGCAACUGGGGUCAGCCAGUUCUGCAAGUUGAGAUGGUUUGUCUUCGCAGAAAUUUCCUGGACAAAGCGAAUGAAUUCGAGGAAUCCGAGAGGGCAGUCUGUGUGCUAUGCCCGGAAGCCGUGAUGCUCUCGGCGAUUCCUUUGCCAACGGUUGCAUCAUGCUUGGCUUUCCCUGCUAUCAUUAGCAGGCUAGAGUCCUAUAUGAUUGUGUUGGAGGGCUGCGAGCACUUGGACCUUGAUCUUAGGUUGGAAUACGCCUUGGAAGCCUUUACAAAGGACUCCGACAAUACCGAGGAGCAUCGGGAGGAGCAAAUUCAUGUGCAACGAGGCAUGGGCAAGAACUACGAGCGUCUGGAGUUCUUGGGUGACAGCUUCCUCAAGAUGGCCACAUCAAUUGCUCUCUACUGCCAGAGACCGGAUAACAAUGAGUACGACUAUCAUGUCUACCGGAUGUGUCUCAUCUGCAACAAGAACCUAUUCGAAGCGGCAGUCAAAGUUCAGCUCUAUGAGUAUAUCCGGAGUCGUGGGUUUUCUCGCCACACAUGGUUCCCUCCAGGUCUCCGUCUUCUCCAAGGGCGUGACUUCACCAGGAAUCUGAAGGCGGAAGAUAGUCAUGACCUUGCAAAAAAGACAAUUGCAGAUGUUUGCGAGGCCCUGAUUGCGGCGGCACUACUAUCAGGAGGCAAGGAUCAUCGCUUUGACAUGGCUGUCCGUGCCGUGACCCGCUUCGUCAAAAAUGAAAACCUCACGGUGACCCAUACUGCAACAUCUUGGGCAGACUACUACUUGUCCUACACGAAGCCAAAGUGGCAGGACAAUGUGCCGAACGGAUACGAGUUGGAUCUUGCUCAGCAGAUAUUCAGGAAGCUUGGCUACCAGUUCAGGUAUCCGGCCCUGCUGCGCUCCGCAUUCACACACUCCUCUCUUCCACGCCAGCUGGCCAUUGUACCGUGCUACCAGCGUCUCGAAUUUCUGGGCGAUGCACUUCUUGACAUGGUGUGUGUCGAGCACCUGUUUCUUCGCUUCCCCGACAAGGAUCCCCAAUGGCUCACAGAGCACAAGAUGGCAAUUGUGUCUAACAAAUUUUUGGGAGCUCUGGUGGUGCAUCUCGGACUUCAUCGACAUCUCCUAUACGCCGACGGUCCUAUCCAGGGGCAAAUCACUCGGUAUGCGGAAGAAAUGCAGACUGCCGAGGCUAAAAGUGGAGGUGUGAUGGACUACUGGCUACAUACCACGGAUUCUCCAAAGUGUCUCCCUGACAUGCUCGAAGCAUACAUCGCGGCAAUCUUCGUGGACUCAGGCUUUGACUACACCGUGGUUGAGGAGUUCUUCAACACCCACAUACUGCCAUACUUUGUGGACAUUUCUUUGUAUGACACGUUCGCCAACAGGCAGCCGACGACUUUCCUGUUCAACCGGCUGACCAAUGACUACGGAUGCAAAGAUGCUUGUCUGAAGGUUGGAAAAAUCCCUGAGUCUGAUUCAGAUCAGCCGAUGAUGCUCGCUGCUGUGAUGGUACAUGGGCGACCCCUAGGGGAAGCGGUUGGAACAUCAAGUCGGUAUGCCAAGGUCAGGGCAAGUGAGAAUGCCAUCGAAGCUCUGGAGAUGCUGCUACCCACCGAUUUUCGCCUGAAAUUUGCUUGCGACUGCCAAUCGACCGAGACAAAUGCAGAGAACGAGGCCAAGGCGAAGGAAGAGAAGCUUCUCGAUCUGCAGGCUGAUCAGAAAGGGGGCAGGAAUCGGGUGCCUUAA